AACGGAUGCAGCAGUUUCUUCCACAAUUAGUACACUCUACCACCAUUCUCGUGUUUAGUACCACUCGUAUUUCCGCCAUGGCUGUUGCACUCUGGAACAAGAACUUUGUCUGGAAGGUGCGGAACCUCUGGAAGCCGCGAAGCGGCCUGACCAGCCUGGCGAAGUCCAAUCCAUAUCCACGCCUUUUAAACAUGGCGGCGCCCGCGAACUCAGGCGGGCCGGUGCGCGUUUUGGAUGGGAGCACGGGGUCGCAGCUGAGCGACCGGGGUUUGAUACUGCCGAAAGAUCCUCUCUGGAGCGCCAGGGUACUCGUCACUGACCUCCCGGCGAUAGUAGACGUGCACAAGAGCUACAUCAAGUGCGGCGCCGACGUCGUCACGACGUGCAGCUACCAAGCGAACGUCGACAACCUGCAGUCUCACCUCGGCGUCGGCGCUUCCGAGGCCGAGGCGCUGAUAGCUCGCAGCUGCACGGCCGCCGUCGCGGCGCGGGAACAGUGCGGACGACCGGGCGUGAUCGUCGCUGGCUCCGUCGGGCCGUACGGCGCCGCGCAGGCGGACUUGUCCGAGUACACCGGCGCGUACGCAGAAGUCAAGAGCGUCGAAGAGCUCGUCGAGUGGCACCGGCCCCGUGUUCGGUGUCUAGUCGCGGCCGGCUGCGACGUGCUAGCCUUCGAGACGAUACCGGCGGCGCGCGAGGCGGUGGCACUUGUACAGUUGCUGCGCCAGUUCCCCGGCACCCAGGCGUGGCUCAGCUUUAGCACUUCGCGAGAUGCACCGCACUGCACGGCCAAGGGAGAGCCGCUCGCAGAGGCUAUGAACGAAUGCUUGCUCGCCGAUGCCUAUGGACAGAUUAUCGCCGUCGGCGUCAACUGUUGCCCUCCGGAAUCGGUGGCGGCCGCCUUUCGGUCCGUCGGACCCCUUCGGGUCCCCUUUAUUGCCUAUCCAAAUAGCGGCGAGAUGUACAGUUCGUCCGGCUGGCUUCCGGACGACCGAGCGACGCGCAAGCCCCUUUCGGCGUACGUCCCCGAAUGGAUCGACCUCAACGCACGGUGGAUUGGCGGCUGUUGCAGGACUGGGCCGGACGAUAUCAGUGGCGUCGCCAAGGUUGUAAACAGUCUCGCGUCAGCGUGAUAAGUCGUCUUCGUUGCGCACUCGCAUACAGAGCGCUACCGUUGUUCCUACUAAAUUCCAGAAGAGAACAGUCUCGUCGCAGUAGCGCAGGCUGAACGUGCAUGUAUACCAGCAAUAAAAGUGCCUCGGCUGCACUGAUUCUGUUA